CGUUCACUCUUGUCUAUGGGUCAAAAUCAAAAUGCCGGCACUUUCAUGCGGAUUUUAAAAUUUGUGAAACACGUGUUGUGUAUAGAGCGAAUUUUGAAUCGUUAUAAUUAUAAAUUACGUUGUUCCUGUGCGUUGUUCUCUUUAAACUAUAUAUCUCAGUAUCGCACUAUGUCAUAAAAGUGUUUUUGGCGCGGAUAAGCACAGCGUGAGUAACAAAUCAAUUGCGCCACAUUGUAUCGGGAUUAUCGCCUGUAAAAUAAAAUAUUUCUAUAAUGACUGAAGAAAAAGAAGUGGUAACUGAAACUAAUGGACAGGAAAAUAAAGAUAAAGAGGAUGAUACUGAGGAAUUAACUGAUUUGGAGAGUGGCAUCAUACGCCAAGUGGAGUAUUACUUCGGUGAUCUCAACCUGCCACGAGAUAAGUUCCUGCGUGAACAGGUGAAGCUGGAUGAUGGAUGGGUGCCGCUGGAGGUGCUCACCAGGUUUAACCGGCUCGCCAAACUGACCAUGGACACUGAUGUUAUUGCCAGCACUAUUAAUAAGUCAACUUCUGGACUUCUUGAGGUUUCAGAUGACAACAAGAAAGUACGAAGAAACCCUGAGAUGCCAAUACCAGAAAUGAAUGAGGAAAGACGUAAAGAACUCACGGCUCGGACAGUAUACGCCAAAGGUUUCCCCAAAGACACGAACCUGGACGACAUUCUCAAGUUCUUCAAACAGUUUGAGGAAGUAGAGAAUGUUAUCAUGAGGCGGUAUCAAGACAGACAGACUAAGAAGCGACUUUUUAAAGGAUCUGUUUUUGCUACGUUUAAAACUAAAGAACAGGCGGAAAAGUUUUUAGGUACAAAAGAUUUGAAAUUCAACGACUCUGAGCUACUGACUCUAUGGCAGGACAAUUAUAUGCAACGGAAGCAAGAGGAGUACGCUGCUAAGAAAGACAAGAAGGAUAAGAAACACAAGGACAAGGAGACAAAGGAAAAAAAGGAUGACUUCAAGUUGCCAACGGGCACGGUGCUGCACUUCAGCCAGGGCCACGACAAGAUGACUCGGGAAGAUGUCCGAGAAGCUCUCACACCUUUGGGAGCUGACAUCGCUUUCAUAGACUUCAAAGUAGGCGAAUCGGAAGGCUGGAUCCGUUUGACGAAAGAGAACACAGCGAAGGAACUAGCAGAAAAAAUAGUCGACGGCAAAAUCAAAAUUGGAGAAUCCGAAGUGGUCUUCAGAAUUUUGGAGGGCGAAGAAGAAACUGCAUACCUAGAAAAAACUGUUGAAGAAAUGUCGAAACGGCGUAAAAACCAGAAACAAUUCAAACAGAAUAAUAAAGGGAACAAUAAAGGGAGGAACUUUAAAGGCAAGCAGGGUAGAAAGAGAAAGCAAGAUCAGUCCGAUGACGGCCCUCCAACUAAAGUUAAGGCUGAAGAUAGUUAGUGUAUUUUUAACUAAGAAAAAAGGU